CCCUCUCUGCGCAUGCGCCCCUCCUGCCGGCGUGGGGGGAAGGCCAAGGCGUCGUGAGCGCUCGGCGCCUUGAGGGAGGGCGGACUGCGCGUGCGCGCGGGCGAAAGAGAGAGAGAGAGAGCGAUAGCGAGAAAGAGAGAGAGAGGGUGGCGGCGGCGUGGGAGGCAGGCGCGGCGGCGUCCCGCGGGCUCUGCGCAUGCGCGGGGCCGGGAGAGAGGGAGGCGAAGGGCCCCGGCUGAGGCGGCGGUGGCGGCGGCGCAGGAGGCCGCGCGGGAGGCCCGGAAGGACCAUGGCGGCCGCCACGGCCACCCAGACCACGUCCACCACCAACACCACGGGCCCAGGCUCGGCGGCAGGAGCGGGAGGAGGAGGCGGCGGCGGAGGAGCAGUAGGCCCCGCUGAGGGCCCGCCCGCCUCAGGCCUCUCCUCAGCCUCCUCCUCAGCCUCGUCCUCGUCGUCCUCCUCGGGCCCUCCGGCGGCCGUGUCGAGGCGCAAGGACGGCGGCCCGGCGGGGAAGUUCUGGGAGAGCCCCGACACCGCGGCCCAGCUCGACGCCGCCCGGCUCUGGCUCGGGAAGCACUGCAAGAAGUAUGUUCAGGCAGAUGCUCCUACCAAUAAAACACUGGCGGGGCUUGUGAUGCAGCUGCUGCAGUUUCAGGAAGAUGCCUUCGGAAAACAUGUCGCCAAUCCUGCCUUCACAAAAUUCCCUGCAAAGUGCUUCAUGGAUUUCAAAGCUGGCGGUACGCUGUGCCACAUUCUUGGUGCUGCUUAUAAGUAUAAGAAUGAGCAAGGAUGGCGGAGGUUUGACUUGCAGAAUCCUUCCCGGAUGGAUCGAAAUGUAGAAAUGUUUAUGAACAUUGAAAAAACAUUAGUGCAGAAUAACUGUCUGAGCAGGCCGACCAUCUACCUCGUUCCAGAUAUAGAGCUCAAGUUGGCCAAUAAGCUAAAAGACAUUGUGAAACGUCACCAGGGAACCGUCACUGAUGACAAGUCUAAAGCCACCCACCAUGUUUAUCCUGUUCCUACCUCAUUGGAUGAAGAAGAGUGGUUCAGACCUGUGUUGAAGAAAGACAAGCAGGUCCUUGUGCACUGGGGCUAUUACCCUGACAGCUACGACACUUGGGUUCAUGCUACUGAUGUGGAGGCGGAAAUUGAAGAUCCUCCCAUUCCAGAAAAGCCCUGGAAGGUCCAUGCCAAAUGGAUUCUGGACACAGAUGUCUUCAACGAAUGGAUGAACGAAGAAGAUUACGAGGUCGAUGAGAACAAGAAGCCGGUGAGCUUUCGCCAGCGGAUCUAUAUGAAAAAUGAAGAACAGCCAGUUCGUAGCCCAGAACGGCGCGAUCGGAAGGCAACGGUUGGGGCCAGGAAAAGGAAGCACUCCCCUUCCCCGCCGCCACCUCCUCCCACUCCAGUGGAAUCCAGGAAGAAAGCUGGGAAGAAGGGGCAAACAGGCCUUUAUGGGAAGAGGAGGGGUCAGCGGGAGGACGAUGAGCAGGAAGACCUCACCAAGGACAUGGAGGACCCCACCCCUGUGCCGAACAUGGAGGAAGUGGUGCUCCCCAAAAACGUAAACCCAAAGAAAGAUAGCGAAAACACUCCAGUGAAAGGAGGGACGGUUGCAGACCUUGAUGAGCAGGAUGAGGAGACGGUGGCUACAGGAGGAAAGGAAGAUGAAGAUCCCAACAGAGGUGACCAGAGCCGCUCCAUCGACACGGGAGAAGACAAUGUCACAGAGCAGACAAAUCACAUCAUUAUCCCCAGCUAUGCCUCCUGGUUCGAUUAUAACUGCAUCCACGUGAUUGAACGCCGCGCUCUUCCAGAGUUCUUCAAUGGGAAGAACAAGUCUAAGACCCCGGAGAUAUACUUGGCCUACCGCAAUUUCAUGAUCGAUACCUACCGCCUGAACCCUCAGGAGUACCUGACCAGCACAGCCUGCAGGAGGAACUUGACCGGAGAUGUUUGUGCUGUAAUGAGGGUGCAUGCCUUCCUGGAGCAGUGGGGGCUCAUUAAUUACCAGGUGGACCCCGAAAGCCGUCCCAUGGCCAUGGGCCCUCCUCCCACCCCACACUUCAACGUCUUGGCGGACACUCCCUCUGGGCUCAUGCCGCUGCAUCUGCGCACACCUCAGAUCCCAGCCUCCCAGCAGAUGUUGAAUUUUCCUGAGAAGAACAAGGAGAAACCUACUGACCUGCAGAACUUUGGGCUUCGUACAGACAUCUACUCCAAGAAAACAUUAGCAAAGAGCAAAGGUGCCAGCGCUGGACGAGAAUGGACAGAGCAGGAGACACUGCUGCUGCUUGAGGCCCUGGAGAUGUACAAAGACGACUGGAACAAGGUUUCGGAGCACGUGGGCAGCCGCACCCAGGAUGAGUGCAUCCUGCACUUCCUGCGUCUCCCCAUCGAGGACCCUUACCUGGAGAACUCGGACGCCUCCCUGGGGCCCUUGGCCUACCAGCCGGUGCCUUUCAGCCAGUCGGGGAACCCCGUGAUGAGCACCGUGGCCUUCCUGGCCUCCGUGGUGGACCCCCGCGUGGCCUCGGCUGCCGCCAAAGCUGCUUUAGAGGAGUUUUCCCGGGUGCGAGAAGAGGUGCCGCUGGAGCUGGUGGAGGCCCACGUCAAGAAAGUCCAAGAGGCAGCCAGGAUCUCUGGGAAAGUGGAUCCCUCCUAUGGCCUGGAGAGCAGCUGCAUUGCAGGGACCGCGCCAGACGAGCCGGAGAAAUUCGAUGGAGCUGAGCAAGAAAAGAUGGAGACAGAGACGGAGGGACCGCAGGCGGACAAAAUCAAGGUAGAAAACAAAGGAGAUAAUGAAGCAGGAGAUGGAAACAAAGCCCAGGAAGCGGAGGAGGAGAGAAGUGCCGAAAAGGAACAGGACGGGGAAGCCACUCAGGACUCUAAGACAGAUGAGAAGGAGGCCGAAGAGAACAAGGAGAACCUUGAUGUCUGCAAAGACAAGGAGGGCGACGCUGGGAAGAAGCGAGUGGAGCACGAAAUCUCCGAAGGGAACGUGGCCACGGCCGCAGCUGCCGCUCUUGCCUCCGCUGCCACCAAAGCCAAGCAUCUUGCUGCCGUCGAGGAGAGGAAGAUCAAGUCCUUGGUGGCCCUCCUGGUUGAGACACAGAUGAAGAAGCUGGAGAUCAAACUCCGCCAUUUCGAGGAGCUGGAAACCAUCAUGGACAGAGAGAAAGAGGCGCUGGAGCAGCAGAGGCAGCAGCUGCUGACGGAGCGCCAGAACUUCCACAUGGAGCAGCUGAAGUACGCGGAGCUGCGCGCCCGGCAGCAGAUGGAGCAGCAGCAGCACAGCCAGAACGCGCAGCAGCAGUCGCACCAGCACCCCGUUGGGCCCGGCAUGAAUCCCCUGGGGACCGGCAGCCACCCCGGUUUGGCCUCCCACCCGCAGCCGCCGCCCUACGCCAUGAUGCACCACCCCAUGCCCCCUCCUCACCCGCCGCAGACAGGUCAAAUCCUUGGGCCGAGCUCCAUGAUGGCCGGGCAGCCCCUGCCGGGACGGAUCAUGCCCAGCGCCACCGCCGGAGCCUCCAGCACCCACCCUGCCACCACCACCACCACCAGCAGCUCCAGCAACACCAGCACAGCCAGCUCUGCUUCUGGGACGGCAGCCGGAAACGUGGCAGGGCCUCGAGGAGCCAUGGCCUCCCCAAACGGCCUGUAUCCGCCUCCAGCCCAGCAGCCUCCUCCUCCUCCAGCUGACGGGGCCACUCCACCUCCUGCUGCAGCCCCAGUGGCCUCUGCGGCCCCCUGACCGGACCAGCGACAAGGAGCCUCUCCAAGCAGUGCCAGUAGCAACCAAAAAGCCACCCAGCCACCUCCCUCCCUCCUUUUCCUGCCCCUUCCUUCCCAUGGCUUCUCUUCCGCUCCACAUGCCACUCACCCAAGGCUUGAUGCUCUUCUCCGUUUGGAGACGGGGCAGCUGUAACAUCUUGCAUCUCGCCCUCCUGCCAAGAACAAAACAAAUGCACCCCAGACCUGGCAUUGCUUCCCUGGGGGCUUUGCAACAUUAUCUCCCUCUUUUCCCCAAGAGGGAAGGGUGGGCACAAUGGUCUGCCCCUUUCAGGGUGAGUUGAAGCAUCAAUAUAGAGGUGGGUCAGGGUGCAGAGGAGAAAGAGGGGCUUCCCCAGCAUCACACACCCCUUGGUCCUGAGGAAUGCCCACCUGGGCCUCCACAACCACCUCACCAAGUUACUCAAUGGAAAUAUUGCUUUGGGGUAGACCCUCAAAAGGAGAGUGAUCCAUUCCCAUUCUUCUCUGGCCGGAGAAGGUGUGCCUUGUUCUCUUUCUCCUCCCCAUCUCUGUGGUCUUUCACAUCCAGGACUCAAAACCAUGUCCUCUUCUGCCCUCUCUACCCUCCUUUCCUCAUGCUGCUCCUUUCCAAAUGGGAAAGUGAGUCGUUAUGGGAUCAUAGUGGAGCAGGUCCUGUGUGUCUUGCUGGCUCUCAAAACCAUGGCUUGCAAACAUUGUGAAGGGCUGAUUCUGCAAAGCCUAGUUGCUUCUUCCUUUCCGGAAGGGCCCCCAUGGGAGCCAAGGGAACCAGAGUCUUGUCUUCCUUCCGUGUUCAUUCUCACACGUCCUCACUUGCUCACAACACAUUCCAGCUAUCGAUGAACAAGUAAAACAGUUGCAUCUAAGUCAUGGCCUUUGUAGGAGAUAAAGUUGCCCAUUUGAGGACCUGUUGCUCUGUCUUUGCCGGGGAGUUUCCUCUUUAUUCACUGGCUGGUCUUUCUCCCUCUUCUGUCUUCAUCCAAGCAUUGGAGGAGUUCUUGUGCAAAGACUUCUCCUUGGGCUGGGACCACCAUCUCUGGGCUUGCAUUCCCUUCCAGGUAGAACCAUUCCAGGACGGGCUCACCUGGAGUCAGAUCAUAGCUCAUGUGCUCUUCCUUCCGGGGAGAAGGGGGUGUGCAGGGGUGGGGGUCCUUGCAUCUGCCAUGCUCAGGAGCAAGAGCACAGGCUAUGCUUUGCACCUGCGGCACCUUUCCAUCACACAUCCUUGCCUGCGCUGCCUUUAGGGCCUCCCAAAAACGAUCUCAGGCUGCCUGGGGAUGGGGAGCGCAAGCAAUGUUCUUCCAUGUGUUUGGGUUUCUGAGCAGCUCCCAUGGUUUGCUCUUUUUCCCACCUCAGAGAGCAGAGAAAUCCCAAUAGAGAAGCCCCCCUCUGGCUGUGGGUUGGGGUCUCCCCUCUGAAGCCCCUUCCCCCUUCUCCCCUUCCAUCCCUUCACCCUCCGUGGGGCACCUGGCACCGUGGGGCACACACGGCUCCGCUCAGUCCUCUCGAUACUCAUAACCUCAGGUUGUUUUUAGUACGAUCCACUUCAGAUGCGCCAAGUUCUCAGAUGGAGAGCUCGUCCUUUGUUUUUUCUCCCCCUCCUCCUUUUUUACUCUACUGUUGAUUCUGUCUUGCAGCCUACUAUGAAUUGUUAACAGGAUUGUCUUUCCGCGCCGGGAGGGGAGAAAAGACGACUUUUUAGUUGUUGUUUGGGGAGGGGAGGGAGGGGGAAGGAUUUUUUAAAGCAAACACCUUUAGUUGUUCCUGCAAAACAGCCACUCAAUUUUGUGAAAUAAAACAUGCGGGUGUUUUUCUUUUUUUUAAAGAACAACUUAA